GGGGGCUGCGUUUUCCUGGGUGGGGUUUGUGAAGUCGUGGCCCGUUAGCAGGAAGCGAAGCUGUAGUUCAGACGCUGGAGAGGAACCCAAUCCGAUCUCCUCCGUCAGCCCCGGAGUUUGAGCCUACAUACUGUGUUCUCACCUCUGCAGGGCAGUUUGCAUCCAAACUUCGCUAACUCCGCUUCCUUUGCCGCCACCAUGCCCAAGACUAUUAGUGUGCGUGUGACCACCAUGGACGCAGAGCUGGAGUUUGCUAUCCAGCCCAACACCACUGGCAAGCAGCUGUUUGAUCAGGUGGUGAAAACUAUUGGCCUGAGGGAAGUUUGGUUCUUUGGUCUGCAGUACCAGGACACCAAGGGUUUCUCCACUUGGCUGAAACUCAAUAAGAAGGUGACUGCACAGGAUGUGCGAAAGGAAAGCCCACUGCUCUUUAAGUUCCGAGCCAAAUUCUAUCCUGAAGAUGUAUCAGAAGAAUUAAUCCAGGAUAUCACCCAGCGCCUGUUCUUUCUUCAAGUGAAGGAAGGUAUUCUCAAUGAUGACAUUUAUUGCCCACCUGAAACUGCUGUGCUACUGGCCUCUUAUGCUGUUCAGUCCAAGUAUGGUGACUUCAACAAGGAGGUGCAUAAGUCUGGCUACCUGGCUGGAGACAAGUUGCUGCCCCAAAGAGUCCUGGAACAACACAAACUCAACAAGGAUCAGUGGGAGGAGCGGAUUCAAGUCUGGCAUGAAGAACACCGUGGUAUGCUUAGAGAGGAUGCUGUCCUGGAAUAUCUGAAGAUUGCUCAAGAUCUGGAGAUGUAUGGUGUGAACUACUUCAGCAUCAAGAACAAAAAAGGCUCAGAGUUGUGGCUGGGGGUGGAUGCCCUAGGUCUUAACAUUUAUGAGCAGAAUGACAGACUGACUCCCAAGAUUGGCUUCCCCUGGAGUGAAAUCAGGAACAUCUCUUUCAAUGACAAGAAAUUUGUCAUCAAGCCUAUUGACAAAAAAUCCCCGGACUUUGUCUUUUAUGCUCCUCGGCUGAGGAUUAAUAAGCGAAUCUUAGCCCUGUGCAUGGGGAACCAUGAGCUAUAUAUGCGCCGCCGCAAGCCUGAUACCAUUGAAGUGCAGCAGAUGAAAGCACAGGCUCGGGAGGAGAAGCACCAGAAGCAGAUGGAGCGUGCCCUACUGGAAAAUGAGAAGAAGAAGCGUGAGAUGGCAGAAAAGGAGAAAGAAAAGAUUGAACGGGAGAAAGAAGAACUGAUGGAGAAGCUAAAGCAGAUUGAGGAACAGACUAAGAAAGCUCAACAAGAACUGGAAGAACAGACACGCAGAGCCCUGGAACUUGAGCAGGAACGGAAGCGUGCCCAGAGUGAGGCUGAAAAGCUGGCCAAGGAACGUCAAGAAGCUGAAGAGGCUAAGGAGGCUUUGCUGCAGGCCUCCCGGGACCAGAAGAAGACCCAAGAACAACUGGCUUCAGAAAUGGCAGAGCUGACAGCUCGGAUCUCUCAGCUAGAGAUGGCACGGCAGAAGAAGGAAAGUGAGGCUGUGGAGUGGCAACAGAAGGCACAGAUGGUACAGGAAGACUUGGAGAAGACCCGUGCUGAGUUGAAGACUGCCAUGAGUACACCUCAUGUGGCCGAGCCUGCAGAGAAUGAGCAGGAUGAACAAGAUGAAAAUGGGGCAGAGGCCAGUGCUGACCUGAGAGCUGAUGCUAUGGCCAAGGACCGCAGUGAAGAAGAACGUACCACUGAGGCAGAGAAGAAUGAGCGAGUGCAGAAGCACCUGAAGGCCCUUACUUCAGAACUAGCCAAUGCCCGUGAUGAAUCCAAGAAGACUGCCAAUGACAUGAUCCAUGCAGAGAACAUGCGACUGGGCCGAGAUAAAUACAAGACCCUGCGUCAGAUUCGGCAGGGCAACACCAAGCAGCGCAUUGAUGAAUUUGAGUCCAUGUAAUCAUGUAAUGAACACCCAGCCUCUAGGGACCCCUCCUUUAUUCUUCCUUAUACACUCUUGUCUAACUCACACUGUCCUGGAGCCACUAACUAGAGCAACUCUGGAGUCAUGCCAAGCAUUUAUUGCAGCCAUGGAACCAAACCUUGCCCAUUACCCUACUCAAUUCCUUGGGCAGAAAAAAAGGUCUAUUGUAGUGCCAAUGAGACCCUUUCCCCCUCUCUAACCCAUUUAAUCUAGCUUGCUAGAAUAGUUUACCUCCCCAGCUCAGAGGCAUUUUCCAUUUGAUUAGGCAAAAACUUCCGCACUUAACUGCUGCCCAAUGAGAGUUAACUGUAGAGGAGGUUGAAAUCUAUCCCUACUUUCUUAGACCACCAUUGUCUUCCUCUUUCAUGUCAUAUGAUUUUUUUCAGGGAUGGAUUACAGGGUUUAAAAAAAGAGGUAGGGCCCUGAAAGAGUCAACUGACCUAGAAUUUGGCAUCCCAGAGCCCAUUCCUUUAGAGACUUUCUAAUGCUGGGACAAUAGUCAUUAUUGUUUCUGCCUCCCAGAUAUGGACUGUUACAAACUCAGUUCUAAUAUACCUUUGCUCUGAGUUCAGGAACUAAGUUUCUCCCUAGAGUAGUAUACGAAGACAGUGCCUUCAAGAGGCUUCACAUCUUACAAGGCCUUUGAUCCUUUUGUUCAGGUAAAAAUGGGUAAAAGACCCUGCCCCGAUGCCUUAUGGGAGACCGAGCUUCAAUUAAGUCAACUCUUUGGGCAGAGAUAUACCAUGUUAUUCCAGGUCCCAAGUUUUUUUCUGGAUGUUUCCCUGCCCCCCUCAAUCCCUAAAUUCCCUCCAGCUAGAACAGUAGGAAUGAAUACUCAAAAGCUCAACCGGCCCCAUAUAUAGCUCUUGCCAAAAUAAAUGUUCACACUUUGUGUCAGUAUUUUCCCUACCAAUCUAAGGCACAUCCCUCAUCAGAACUAGUUGGCCCACAGCUUCUGCUUCACAGCUCCUUGGCCUUAGUAUGGUGAGCCCUAGAUCCUGAUGCCAGUAGGCUCAAUAAAGGAUUGGACAGAAGAACAUACAUAUGGUAAAGAAGCCCAUGCUUCUAAUCCUACAGUUUACUUAACCUUCUCAGGUGCCUAAUAGUUCUUCCCUAUCACCUCUGUCCAAAGUGGUUCCUGGGCUGUGCCUCUCACAAACCUCUAACCUAGGUUUUCUCAUAAAUUAUGUGGUCCCAUGUCCUAUGUAACAUAGAGCUGCUGGGGAUUUUGACCUGGUCCCUUAUGCACUCCCAUGCUUUGCCCUCUAUCCAGGAGUAGCCUUCCUUCUCCUUUCCACCUCAUGUAUACACUUUUUCUACCAGUAUUAUAUAUUCUAGUGAUAUCUAACUCAGUAUUGAUUUCUACCUUUCUUGCUAAUACACAAUUAGAAGAUACUAGUCUUGGGGUGGGAUCAUUCUGGCCUAUCCUUUACUGCCCCUACACCUGGGAAUCAUAUACUAUAAUAUAAAAGGAUAUUUUGCCAGAAAUUUAAUGUAAGACGCUUUCAGUAUUACUGUUACCUGUCACUAUAGGUCAUACAAUCUAUUCUUAACAAAUUGGCAUUUGUUGUUAUUGUUCCUAUUUGCUUUCUCCCCAAGAUUCAUUCCCCAAGGGAAUGCAGUGCCCCAGCCCAAUGCCUCUCUGGACUCCUCCUCCUAGACUUGGGGGGUGUUGUGUGCAUUGUUGUAAAUUAUUUUGACACUCGUUUAUGACCUAUAUUGUCUAAAUUAAACCCUGGAAUUGUGGCACAAUUUAAGAUGCUUUAAGUAAGGCAGUGAGCCUCCACCUGGGAGGCUGGGGAGAAAGAUUAGAUUUUAUAUUCAUAUCUUUUGGUGUAUUCUUGAGUUUUUAAAAAAUUGUUUUUGGAGAGGUUUAUGCUCAAUCCAUUUUAUAUUUCAGUGCCAAUAAAAUUUAGAAAGACA